CAAAGAUGAGAGGAAGCACUUUUGGAAUACUAAACCAAAGCCAAACCUUUCCUCACCAACAAGAAAGGCACAAAACCAUAUCCCUAUAUCAACUCAACCAUUUUUGGUGCCUUCACUUCCAAAUUAUCAAGCAGAUGACCAGCAACAACUACCAGACCCUUGUCUUCUGUAUAAACUUAUUGUUGUCUCUUCUAUUGGCUUAUCACUUUUGCAAUUCUUUCGAUCGGUAGCACUGUAAGACAACCAUAGAAUUCAUUCAAAGCAAUACAAAACACAUUGUUUGGAGUCCCUUGUUUCUUCUAACAGAUAAAAGCUCCAAAUCAGCCAGAGAAAGAUGAGGACAGCUGCUUACACUGCCCAUCAAACCCUUGCAACUGAGGCUGCAGCCGUUGUUAGACAAGCAAUAAGCCUUGCCAAGCGGCGAGGCCAUGCUCAAGUCACUCCUCUCCAUGUGGCCGCCGCCAUGCUUGCUUCUUCCACUGGCCUUCUCCGAGCUGCUUGUUUUCAAUCCCAUUCUCACCCUCUGCAGCUCAAAGCCCUCGAGCUUUGCUUCAACGUGGCCUUGAACCGCCUCCCAACCGGCCCAACUCUCGGCCACCCUUCCCUCUCCAAUGCAUUGGUGGCUGCCGUCAAGCGCGCGCAGGCUCACCAGCGCCGCAGCUCCAGUACUGAGAACCAGCAACAGCCCAUUUUAGCUUUGAAGAUAGAGCUGGAACAGCUGCUGAUCUCCAUCUUGGAUGACCCUAGUGUAAGCAGAGUCAUGAGAGAAGCUGGCUUUCCGAGUCUGCAAGUGAAAACCAAUGUAGAACAAGCUGUCGCAAUGGAGAUUUCUUCUCAAAAUAAGAAAACCAAUGUAGAAGAAGCAGUCUCCUUGGAAGACAACACCAAGUUCCUGUCUCUUAGCUCACCAAAUGAUCAAGUUCAUAACAACAAUGUAACGAGUGUUAUUGACUUGUUGAUGAGCAAGGAAAGGAGAAGCAUUGUUCUUUUGGGAGAGAAUCUGGCUCUUGCAGAAGGUGUAUUCAGGGGAGUGAUGGAGAAGUUCGAUACAGGCAAUGUUCCUGCAGAUCUGAAGAAUGUGCAGUUUAUAAGUCUUCCUCUAUUCACUUCGAAAAACCUUCCUAUGGGAGAGGCUGAGGAGAAGCUUGGGAAGCUGAGAGGCCUGGCAAAAAGCUGUUUGGGAAGAGGGGUUGUUUGGUAUUUGGGAGAUCUCGAAUGGGUAUCAGAGUUUUGGUCGAAUAAUGGUGGGAAGAACAGAAACUAUUUCUGUCCUGUCGAACUCAUGAUCGUGGAGCUCGGUAAAUUAGUAUGUGGAGUUGGGGAAAGCAAAAAGUUGUGGCUCAUGGGAGUUUCAACUCUCCAGGCUUACAUGAAAUGUAAGAGUGGACAGCCUUCUCUGGAGACACUUUGGCAACUUCACCCUCUCACUGUUCCUGUUGGCAGCUUGGGACUAAGUCUCAACCUUGAGAGUGAUUUGCAAGGUCAGCCCCGCAAUGAAUCUAGGUGGUUACAGAUCAAAACUGGGGUCGAGGGGAAUGAAUCAAGAAGCAUAGCCGGCAAUAGUUUUCACAAUGAAUUGACUGCCAUUUCCACCAGCUCAAGCUUGCCUUCCUGGCUCCAACAGUACAGGGAAGAGAAUCGAAGAAAGACUGUCAGUGAUCAGGUACCAAUGUUUCGCUAUAGAAGAGCCUUGUUUCAGCUUAUAACCAAACCUUGUCGAAUGUUGCAAUCUCAAAGUAAUUCAUCAAGAACUUCUAUCUUGUCUCUGUUUCAGGAAUUUAACAGAAUUAGAGAUCCCUGCAAGAAGUGGAAUUCGAUUUGCAGUUCGGGUCACAAGCAACCCCACCCUCUUGAUAAAGCCUUCGAGUUUUCCUCAUUAUCUCCUCCUUCCUCAAAUUCAAUCUCAUCACUUGACGGGCAAAGUCCUAAUCUGCAGCAGACCCUUUUGAACUGGCCAGUGAUUUUCGAAGCUAAACCAACGCCGCCCAAAGAAUACCAUCUCUUGGUGCCUGGUAGUGGCUAUCACGAAGACUUUGGAUCCAAUUUGAGAGGGUACAAUCCAGGGAGAGUGGAACUGAAACCAGACCUUUUGUCCAAUCCCAACUCUAGUCCUAAUUCGGCUUCUUCCAGUGAGGCAGAAGAGACUAAAGUUGAAUGCUUGGACAGGUUCAAGGACUUCGAUUCUGAGAACUUUACAGUUUUGUGCAAUGAACUGAAGAAAAGGGUCCCUUGGAGGAAAGACAUAAUUCCAGAUAUCGCGAGCACGAUCCUCCAACGCCGGUCUGGAACAACGAAAAGAAGAAGCAAGUUGGAUCAGGAAGAAGAAGAAGAAGAAGAAGAAAAGGAAAGAGAAGAAACCUGGCUGGUUUUCCUGGGAGUUGAUUUUGAGGGCAAAGAGAAGAUUGCAAAGGAGCUAGCAGAUCUUAUAUUCGGCUGCCAUGGCAGCUUUGCCACAAUUGGACUCAGCAGCUUCUCAUCAACCAGCAGAGCCGAUUCAAGAGAAGAGUUCAGUAGUAAAAGAGCAAGGGACGAAUCGGGUUCUAGUUACAUUGACAGAUUUGCAGAGGCAGUGCAAGAGAAUCCUCAUAGAGUGUUCUUCCUGGAAGACAUUGAGCAGGCGGAUUACUGUUCUCAAAAGGGUAUUAAGAGAGCAAUUGAGAGUGGAAGAAUUGCAUUUCCUGGUGGUGGCACAGUUCCCCUUAAGGAUGCCAUUGUCAUUUUCUGCUGUGACAGCUUCAGCUCAAUGUCAAGAGCCCCUUCUCCUUCCAUUAAGCAUAGAUCAAAAGAAAAAGAAAAAGAAGAAGAAGAUGAUGACCCAGAAGGAAGAACACUGGAUUUGAAUGUUGCCACUGAAGAUGAUGGUGGAGAUGAACAUUACUCAAUUGGGAACAUUGGCAUCUUAGAUUCAGCGGACAGGCAGAUUAUUUUCAAACUCCAAGUGCUUUGAGAUGAGGAAACAAUUAAGCAAAUUGAUGAGGAACAAGUAUUCUAAAAGGAUAUUUAGUAUUUUGAAUCAUCAUAUUUUGUUUAGGUUUUAGAGUUUUAGAUUGUUAUCUUUUAUUUCCUUUUGUUUAGAUGAGUAUACUCAAUAUAGGAUUUCAUAAUUAUGUAUAGUUGUGACUGGAUUUUGUCUAUAAACAUGCCUAUGAUAUAUUUUGUAAUUAAAGUUUAAAUGUU